AUGUCGUGGGACCUGCUUCAGAGGUUCCUUGAGUCCGACGUCUUCAACUCCAACCCCUUUCUCCCCGUCUCAUACCUCUCCCGCUACGCCGACCACGUGGGGAUUCAUUAUGUCCUCUGCCAGAAGCUGCGCCAGUUUCCCUACGAGGACAUCGAGUUCUUUCUGCCGCAGCUAUGCCACCUCAUAAUCAGCGUCCACAAUGAGUCAAUGGCAUUGGAGGAGUUUUUGUUGGAUUUGUGCGAAGAAUCAGUCACAGCUGCGCUGUUGACAUACCUCCACGAUCUAUCGUCGAAUCCUUCAUCCGACUCGUUCCAGACAUGUCGCCGUGUAUACAACAAGGUCCAGCAUAUUGUCUUUGGGCUUGCCGAUACCGCUCGGCAUGAGAAGAUAACCGAGAAUGUACUUCCCGUCACUGUCCUCUCCAGUUUUGUACUUGCCAGUGUUGCGCUGCCGAUGUUUCCGCAGUGGGCUGGCCCUCUCGCAGUUGCCCAGGCUCGCAAGCCACAACCUGUAGCCAACAAUGACGCACAGGAACCGAAGGAGAACUCCAAGCCGGCAAGGGCACGUACGGUCACAGCAGGAAACUCACGAUCUAGACGCGCCAGAGACGGUACUCGUACCUUCAGUGCGCCCGACCCUAAAGGAUCUAGGGACUCUUCACCCAAGUCUGCCCGUAGUCCACAACCGCCGCCAGCGAUCCUCCCACCCCAGAGGUCGAAAACACCAGUAAACACCACUCGGCCGUCUGCUCUUGAGUUGAGAUCGUUGGAAGGAGCCAAACUCAGCACAUCUUCUCUUCCACUUCCGUCUGCUCAACCUCCAACAAGACCGACAACUCCAAUCUCAGCAGGUCCUACGCAACGUCCGACUGAUAACUCUAGUAGGAGACAUUCGCAUCAUGCCAAGGCGAUUCUCGCUGUUAAUGACCUGUCCCCAGUGCAGAAAACGAGACUCCUGAGACAGCAUUAUUUUAGGUCGCAAACCCAAUUUUUGACGGCUUUGGAGGGUAUCUCGAAUCGACUAGUGCUGGUUCCCAAACCCGCUCGAAUGAGUGCCCUUCGGGCAGAGCUGGCCUUGAUAUCGCAGGAUUUGCCAGCUGAGGUUGACAUCCCGGUUAUAUGCCCCCCUACCUUGGUCAAUGGAUCACCUGGGAAGAGCCGGCACCAUCGUAUCGUACGCGUGAACCCCGCCGAAGCGACAGUGCUCAACAGCGCCGAGAAGGUUCCCUAUCUGAUCAUGGUGGAAGUUUUGAGAGACGAUUUCUCCUUUGACCCUGAUACGCCCGAGAACUACCGACUUCUGAACACUCUCCUUGGUGGCACAUCUCGAGCGAAGCGAAUAUUUGAUCUUUCUGACUCGCCUCGCCUCUCACCCACCGUCAAAGCUCCCGAACCUGCAUUGGAUAGUGUUUUUGAACCCGCUUCCGGCGAUCUUGGAAGUUCACCACUACUCAAGGGUAUCGACGAGUCACCAGUCAGGGUUUCUUCUAAGCCUGCACAGAGUCAGAAUGCCCAGCGUCUCGCAGGCGCAGCUACAGCAUCUACCUCGACCUUGGACUUGACAACGCCGCUGUCAUCUGGCACAGGAACAUCGAGAUCCAAUAGCCCAGGACCUGUUUCGCGAAGGAUGACCCUUCCAAUACAGCGAAGCGCACCCGCUGACCAGCCCGAUUUCUCUGCGCUAGCAACGCACAUGCGAACAGCGUCUCAGAUGCUUGCACAGCUCGAGGCUACCAGCGGAAAACGUCCAAAGCAGGAGGUGGCUGCUAUCAGAGCCAAAAUCAUCGCUAGUAUGCAGAGUCUCGAAGAAAAGAGCUUUGAUGUUGAUGAACAAGGCCCAACCUUCGACACCAUUAUCGCCAAAGCUAGCACAACUCCGAUCCCCGCAAAUAACCCUGAUUUGGAGGAUGAUGCUCAAAUCGACCCUAAUCUCAAUGCCAGCGCAGGUCGUGAACGGAUGGAGAACGAUAUCAAAACUGGUGGUGUGCAACGUCGUGGUGAUCGCGACGACCCUAGUGCGGCCGUCUUUGGUGAGGCCUGGGAGGCUAAGAAGGAACGAAUUCGCAAAUCCUCACCUUAUGGUUGGAUGAAAAACUGGGAUCUGGUGAGCGUUAUCGUCAAGACAGGCGCGGAUCUUCGACAAGAGGCAUUCGCUUGUCAGCUUAUCGACGUGUGCCACAAGAUUUGGGUUGAUGCUGGCACUGACGUUUGGGUAAAACGUAUGCGUAUCCUGGUGACAGGCGAGUCCUCAGGUCUCAUUGAAACCAUCACGAGUGGCGUGUCUCUACACUCACUGAAACGAAGUCUUACGCUGGCUUCUGUCGAGUCGGGCCAAAACCCACGCAAUCGUAUAGCGACUUUGAGAGAUCAUUUCCUCAAAGCUUUCGGUAAACCAGAGAGCAAAGAUUUCCGUGCUGGGGUUAAUGCAUUCAAGAAAUCGCUGGCGGCAUACAGCAUCAUUUCCUAUGUAUUGCAACUCAAAGACCGGCAUAAUGGCAAUGUGCUGGUAGAUAGCGAGGGUCAUAUUAUUCAUAUCGACUUUGGAUUCAUGCUUUCUAACUCGCCCGGCUCAGUUGGUUUUGAAGCUGCUCCAUUCAAACUCACUCAUGAGUAUGUUGAUGUUUUGGGCGGACCCACGUCCUCCGAUUUUGAGGAUUACAAGAGACUUUGCAAGCAAGCUUUCCAAGGCGAGUCGUUUCAAUGA